AUGCCUAGAAGAACUUCUCUGGCUGAUCGCCAAAUCACCCCCUCAAACCGGAUGCGAGCGUACGCUGCGUGUACCGAAUGCAGGCGUCGUAAGCGCAAAUGCGACGGGGAAAGACCAUGCUCAUCCUGCAAGAAUUAUGGCUACAAAUGCUCCCUCGCAUCUACGAGGGAAGCCACUACGGGCGGUGGUUCCGUGUCCUCUCGACCGACACCUGUCGAUAACACCGCGGCCCCAUCACAAGCCAUUUCCUCUGAAGAAGUCGUUGUUAGCAAGGAACGAGGACGACUGGUUAAUGCUCACAGCGCUGCGGUAUAUCCGUUUCUUGUUGGUCGGGGGCUGGAUGCUGCAGAGCCUCCAAGACUGCAUUCCUACGCCUGGAAUCUUGGUCUCCAGCCAGAACGGCGAGGGACCGUCGAUACCCAGCUCUCCCAAUAUACCACCUUAGAAGAAUGCCGGCAGCUUGCCGCGAUGUAUUUCAAAACUGUUCAUUCCUUCUUCUCGUUUCUACGCCAAGAUGAUUUCUUGAUGCGGAUGGAGCAUGCCUGGCCAAACCUGGAGGAAAGCAGUAUAAACUUCGCCGCUGUCGUCGCAGGAGUCGCGGCACUGGGUUCUUUCUUCUCCCACCGACACCAUCCGCAGGAGGAGAACCUCAAGAAACACUGCGUCUCCAUCCUGGACCUGGCUUAUUCGACGCCUGCGAGCGCCAUUGACUUGGACUCUGUCUCUGGGCAGAUCCUCAGGACGUUAUAUGCUCGACUGACCACCCGGCCGGCAGUGGCCUGCUUAGCAAGCCAUAACGCAAUGCACAUGGUGGAAAUCAUGGGCUUACAUGCCUUGUUCUCUGCACCAAGUACACAGAAUCUCUCAGAGAAGAUCGGUCUCGGUAUCGAAGAGAUUAGAGAACGACGGAUGCUCUACUGGAUAACUUCAUUUCUGGACCAAUUGCUGAGCAUCGAGUAUGGGAUGACGCCGGUGGCUUUGUCUGUGCUAUCAAGUGCCCACACGGCUUCCCAUGAAGAAUCACCCAACGAGAACCUCCUAUCAUCUCUCACGAAGGCUCUAGCUUCUGUACACCAAGCCUCGAAAAACACAGCAGGCAUGAAAAUACUCGACGAUACCCUUCACCAACUUGACCAAAUACCAAACAUUUCACCCAUAGCCUCACUUUUCAAGGCUGAAGUGUGCCUAUGCCUGCUCCGGCAGUCCCCAGUCAACCAAGUAGCACGCAACGGCAACCCCGCGAGCGUUUCGAUAUUGAAAAAAGCCUUACAGGCUAUCCCUGAGCUCCUGCUCGCCAGGCAGCCCUGGUGGUGCUUGUCAACUGUUCCAUUCCAGACCGUUUGCGUAUGCUUGGCGGCAGACACACCUCUGUACCUGUCUCUUUUGCCCGAGAGCAUGAGCGCUCUCAGGGCCGUUGUCGACACCUUUGACUCGCACAUGACACGGGAGGCUUUGAGGACAGCACAGCAGUUGAUUGAGGCAUCGAGGGAGAACACCAUGUCCAAGCUGUCGUUCAAAUCCUCGGCGUUAGGUGAAGGCGCGGCGACCGCACACCUCCCAACGUCUUUUCUUUUCUUAUGCCUCGACCUGCUUGGAGGCGGCGGUCUCGGUGGGCUGGUUCUGGCCGAGGUACUCGGACUUCUUGAGCAUGUUCCACUUGUCCUCGUCGGCGUCGAGGUGGCGGAAGCAGAACCAGAAGAUGACACCGCCGACGAACGAGAUGCAGGCGACGGUGGUGUAGUUCCAGACGAGGAGGGGGUCGCCGGAGAGGGGCACAAAGGCCUGGCCGAUGGCGGCGGAGACGGCGCUCAUGAAGAGGUUGACGCUCAUGACGAGGGACUUCAUGUUCUCGGGGGCCUUGGAGAAGGCAUACUCGUACGAGGUGACAUUGGUGAGGAUCUCGGCGAUACCGACGAGGAUGUAGGGGAGGGACUGAGCCCAGACGUUGAUGGGGGCGGGGGGGCAGGUCUCGCCCGUCUUGGGGGACUUGCCGUCGGUGACGUACCAGCCGCAGUCGGGGUUCAUCUCGUAGAUGUAGUACUGCAUGACGGCGGCGGCGACCAUGGAGAGGGCGGCGACGAUGAAACCAGCGGUCAUACGCUUGAUGGGGGUGGCGGAGACGCCGAUCCUGCGGAGGCCGGGGUAGAGGAGGUGGUCGAAGAUGGGGACCAUGAUGACGAUGGAGAUGGGGUUGAGGUUCUGGAUGAUGUCGUUGGGGACGCCGUGGAGCUCCAUGGUGCCGGCCUGGAUGGUCAGGUUACCGGUCAUCUGGUUGUAGGCGAGGAAGAAGACGGGCAGGAAGAGGAAGACCUUGCAGGCCAUGAGACCACGGCGGACUUCGUCGACCCAGGCGUCAUCGUAGGUCAUCCAGGCAGGACGCUCAGCGAUGGGGAUACCAGAGGGCUUGGCGACAUUCCAGUCGAACUUGAAAGCCUUGGAGCGGCUGCGGACGAACCAAAACAUGCGCAGGAACUUGGAGAGCAGGGAGCCGGUGGGGGGAGUGAGCUUGUAGUUCUUCUUCUGGGACCAGAGGACGAAGGGGGCAGUGAGGAACAGGAUGGUGGGGAUGAGGAAGGCCAGCCAGAAGCUGUGAAGCUUCUCUACCCAGACCAUGGCGAUCUGUCCAGUGCAAGAGCCCACGUUGAUACAGAAGUAAAAGUACAGGAAGACCCGGGUGUUGGUCACGGCGGGGUCAACAAUGACACGCUCGCCAUUGCGCUCCUCAACACGCAUGCGGCUGUCCUCAUUCUGCUCAGCAAGCAGGGGAGAGACGCAGAGAAGACCAAUGAUGAAGGCAGCGAAGGCUCCGUCGGCCUUGACGAUGACGUCGGGGAUGGAAGAGAUGACGAGGAUAACGUGGGCAAUGGUAGAGAUACCAAUGGCCAGGUGCAGAGUCCAGAAACGACCCAUGCGGGCAUCAGCAAUCCAGGCACUGCGACAUGCGAAGAACUGGUUGAAGAGGGUCAAAGCCUGGGCGGCUCUGGCUCCCAUGCCCAGAGCACCGGGCUUGCCAUCGGUGAUGAUGGGAGAGCCGGUGAGGGAUCCAUCGGGGAGAGGGUUCUUGAUGAAGUUGGUGUACAACACCGAGGAUCCGUAGUAGGAGAAACGCUCGCACAGUUCUACGAAGGCGAUCGUCCACAUGGACCACUUGAUGGGGCCGGAGACACGGCGCAGAGUGCGCAGCUCCUCCUCGGUGGGCUUGUCGGGCCACCACUCGUCGUCGUCGGAGCUCGAGUUGGCGUCAUGGGCCUCGAGGGUCUCCUUGAGGGUCUCCUUCUCACGGGAGACAUCAAGGGACUUCUUGCCGGGGUUGCUGUGCUCAGGGUCGGCCAGACCGGCACGGGCGAUGACGUCCGUGUCGAGAUUGACGGCGUUGGUCAUCUUAGCGACGUUGUUCAGCGAUUCUCUACAAAUUGUCACGCUGUUGUCGUUCCCUUUGGUGGUCACCUAGGAUAG